UCUCUGAACCGAGUUUGCGCGACGAAAAACGUCCUUUUUGACAUUGAAACGUUCAAACCAAAUCUGCAAUUAACUAAAAAUCCUUUCCAGUCCAGUUAAAACGAGAUACUUGCAAAUUAUUUCUCGUUUGGAACUUGUAGCGCGAACCUUUUCGAGCACAAUGUCCCUCACAAGUAUCGUGGUUCCGACGACACCUUUCGAAGGUCAAAAGCCGGGCACGAGCGGAUUAAGGAAAAAGGUCGCGGUGUUUAUGGAGAAACACUACACCGAGAACUUCAUUCAGUGUAUUCUCGACGCCCAGAAGGGGAAAACUCAGGGCUGCACGCUGAUAGUCGGCGGUGACGGUCGGUAUUUCACCACCCAGUCGAUUAACAUUAUCAUUCGAAUUGCCUCGGCAAAUGGGGUGAGCAAGUUGAUAAUCGGCCGCCGAGGGCUUCUAUCCACGCCGGCGGUCUCGAGCCUAAUCCGUACCCACAAAUGUUUAGGAGGAAUUGUUCUGACCGCCUCCCAUAAUCCGGGCGGUAUUCGCAACGAUUUCGGAAUUAAGUACAACAUAGAUAACGGCGGUCCGGCACCAGAUCAGAUGACCAACGACAUCUACGAGCUUACGGAAAAGAUCACACAGUAUCGGAUUACGCCCGACCUGGACUGUGACUUCCAGCAACCAGGGGUGCAAAGCUUCGAGGUGGACGGUCGCGAAUUCGUGGUGGAGGUCAUCGACCCCGUCGAGGACUACGUGCAAUUAAUGAAGGCGAUUUUCGACUUUGAAAAGUUGCGUUGUCUCCUAAGCGGCACGGAAACGACGCCUCCCUUCAACGUGCUGAUCGACUCCAUGAACGGAGUGACCGGCGUGUACGUGAAACGGAUAUUCCUGGAGGAAUUGGGCAGCAAUCAGGAUAGCGCCGUGCGAAUCAUUCCCCUCGAUAAUUUCGGCGAAAUCCAUCCCGAUCCGAAUCUGACCUACGCGAAGGAUUUGGUCGAUAAGGUGAAGGAGGAUACGAGAUACGAUUUCGGCGCAGCUUUCGACGGCGACGGCGAUCGCAACAUGAUAAUCGGUAAAAAUGCAUUUUUCGUCACUCCCAGCGAUAGCUUGGCGGUGGUCGCGAAUAAUCUGGACUGCAUUCCUUACUUUCGAAAGAACGGCGUUCACGGAUUCGCCAGGUCGAUGCCGACGGCGGCCGCCGUUGAUAGGGUUGCCGAGAGGUUGAAGAAGGAAAUGUUCGAAGUGCCGACCGGUUGGAAGUACUUCGGUAAUCUCAUGGACGCGGGCCGUCUGUCGCUUUGCGGCGAGGAGAGUUUCGGAACGGGAUCUGAUCACAUUCGCGAGAAGGAUGGCAUCUGGGCCGUUUUGGCCUGGCUGUCCAUAAUUGAGCAUAAAAGAAUGAGCGUCGAGGACAUCCUGAAGGAGCACUGGAGGACUUACGGUCGCAACUACUUCACCCGCUACGAUUACGAAGAGUGCGAGAGCGGGGACGCGAACAAAAUGAUGAGCCACCUGGAGAGCUUCAUAGCCGAUCCCCGCGCGACCGGUAAAAGUUUCAGCAGCUGCGGCAAAACUUACGUCAUCAAACAGGCCGAUAACUUCUCCUACGUUGAUCCAAUCGACGACAGCGUGGCCAAGAACCAAGGAAUUCGAAUUUUGUUCGAGGACGGAUCAAGACUGAUCUACAGGCUGUCGGGCACUGGCAGUAGUGGCGCCACCAUUCGCAUUUACAUUGACAGCUAUGAGAAAGUCGACACCACCACGGAUGCGCAGGUAACUCUGAAACCGUUGGUGACCAUCGCCCUUCAGAUUUCCAAACUGAAAGAGUUCACCGGCCGAGAGGAGCCCACCGUAAUAACGUAAAUUAGGUUUCAGAUGAUAACACAUCACUCUAAUUCCUUUAGUUGUUGUUAAUCAAAACUUUGUGCAUUAGUUCAAUAUAUCGCAUAAACGUGCACUUCCUUGUAGAUUUUAUUGAAUGUGCGAAUGUGCUACUGCCAUAAGGUUGUCGUUGAUAUUGUAGAGUUUAUACAUACAUUUUUGUUAUUAAAUUAAUAGCUGCUGCAUGUUUAAA